UAAGGUUACAAGAACAAGAAAACCUGUUAGGGUUUUUGGUGCGGCUUCUGAACAUUUUCGAAAUCAGGUUAGUUCACAUCCGGAAUUUACAAAGAUGAAGACUAUAUUGUCAUCGGAGACUAUGGAUAUACCCGAUGGCGUUAAAAUCAAAGUUAACGCCAAGGUUAUAGAGGUAGAAGGGCCUAGAGGCAAGCUCACUCGCAACUUCAAGCACUUGAAUCUUGAUUUUCAGCUCAUCAAAGAUGAGGCCACUGGGCAACGGAAACUCAAGAUCGAAGCUUGGUUUGGAUCCAGGAAGACCAGCGCCUCCAUUCGCACCGCCCUCAGCCAUGUUGAGAAUUUGAUCACAGGUGUCACCAAGGGCUAUCGCUAUAAGAUGCGAUUUGUCUAUGCUCACUUCCCUAUCAACGCCUCCAUUACCAAUUCCAACACAGCUAUUGAGAUCCGCAACUUCCUUGGCGAGAAGAAGGUCAGGAAAGUUGACAUGCUGGAAGGUGUCACUGUUGUUCGGUCAGAGAAGGUUAAGGAUGAGUUGGUAUUGGAUGGCAAUGACAUAGAGCUCGUGUCACGUUCUUGUGCCCUCAUAAAUCAGAAAUGCCAUGUGAAGAAGAAAGAUAUUAGGAAAUUCCUUGAUGGCAUCUACGUCAGCGAGAAGGGCACUGUAGUUGAAGAAAAUUGAGAGCAGUAGUUCUACUUAUCUUUAUUAUUGCUUUAUUCAGGGGUUUAUAGUUUUUGUUAUCUGAAUGUAAGGAUAUAUUUUUGGUUGUUUUCUAGGAAUUCUUGAAUUACCAAUUUUUGAUAAUUGCAACCUGUUAUGUUUUAUGUGUUGGAUUGCUCUUGAAUUUUUUAUCUAUGAAGACGACCUCUACGCAUUUCGGAAGUGAAUUAUGGGAAAUUCUUAUUUGUUGGAAUGGAUUGAGAUUAAA